AUGUUCCAACGGAAUUCGAGUACUGAUCGACAAAUACGAAAUCAAUGUUAUGCAACUCGGCUUUAUCUCAUUUUAAUUUUCAUUUCAAUGAUUAUCAUGAUUUUCUAUCAUAUCAUCGAAACACCGAUUCAAUCGAAAGUUCUCCUCAAUCCAACUGAAUCACAAUACAUUGAACUAGAACAGCAAUACUCUCAUACACUUUCAUGUCCAUGUUCUUCACUUUCAAUGCCUCACUUAACAUUUACUCAAAUCCGCGCUGAAUAUCAUCAAAUAUGUUCCAGUUUAUGGAUCUUAAUGAACUGGAUUGAAUAUAUCCGAGCAAGUGCAUUCGAAGUAGUUUCUUUAGAGCCCACAGAUUUCCGAAUACACGCUCCUGGUCAAUUCAGUUCAUUAGGGAUGUUUUGUCAACAAGCUAAGCAAACAAUUCCUGAAGCAAUUGAAAUCUUUCUUCAAACGAAAUUCAUCAGUUCACAAGUUAUUUCUCCUCAAUUAUUUCAAAUCCAAAUGAAUUCAUCGAUCGAAGACUGGAAAUUAACAACAAUGAAUACAUUUCUUCAAACAAUUCAAUUAUUUCGUGCAACUACAAAUGAAAAUCAAUUAUCCAAUCAUUUUAAUUCUUAUUUUUCAGUAAACAGUAUCUCCGAAGUAACAAAACAAUCAGUCUCAUAUUCUCAAUCUCCUUGUGUUCUUACACCAUCAUCUCGUAUGAACAUGAGUUUGUACACUAUGAAGAUUCAAUGUUAUUCCCUUCCAAAUUUCUUUGUUGGUCGUUAUCCAAUUGAAUCAUUAUUUUCAUCAAUGUUACAAUGUUUCUAUGGCAUGUCAUGUUUAUUAAAUAUUCAUCGUUGUUUACAAUCUUCUGUAUCUUUCACUUAUUCUCCUCUCGAUAUCAAUCUCAAUAAUCCAAAUGAAACAAUCGAAAUGAUUAUAAAUCGUUUAAUGGUCGAUCAAUGGAUAUCAAAUAUCUCCUAUUCUUCAUAUUAUCAUCAAUGUGCACCAAUAUCUUCUACAUUUCAAUAUGAAGGUCACAAUAAUUUCUACUUUCUUCUCGCGAGUAUUUCGUUGAUUUACGGUGGAUUGUCACUCGCAUUGAAACUUCUCAUUUUCAUUGGACUUUAUUUGAUUGAUCGAAUACUUCAAAGAGAUUUCCAAUCGAUAAAACAGAUAUUUAUUUGUGGUACUGAACAACAAACGAUUCAUUGUUUACAUGUCGUGUUGGUUAUCACAACUUUAACUAUUCUUUAUGUGAAUUUUGCUUUUAAUUCAUCAAUUCGAACUGUUGAGAUUCUCAAACCUUCAUUAACGAUGUACGACGAAUUGCUAAGACAAUCUUCACAUUCCCUCGAAUGUCCUUAUUCAAAAAUCUCCACAAAAUACAAAACAUUUCUCAAAUUAACACCUUCUUUCCAUGAAGUUUGUUCAAGUGAUUUGCUUUCGAAGGAAACUAUCGCUUAUUUUUAUUAUACUUAUAUUUUUCUUGGUCGUGUUCGGUCGGCAAAUUUUCUCUCUUCAGCUGCUGCACAAUUCCAACUUCUCGCAUCGUUUUGUCGUUUAUCGAAAGAAACAGUUCAUAAUUCAUUGGAUCAAUUAGCCGGAAAUGAUUUCAUCAAUGUUCAACUUUUAUCAUCCACUUUACUUAAUGAACAAAUCCAAAGAAUUAUCGAUGAUUUUCAAAUAUCAAUACCGAAACGAUUUGUCAAUACACUUUCGUUGAUUCGAGAAACAACAGGAGCGAAUGUGUUGACAAAUUUAUUUUCAAGUAAUUGGGCGAUGAAAGUUCCGUCUAAAACUCUCGAUGGAUGUAGUUGUGCAUUGUCACCAAAAUGUGUCUCGUCAUCUCGAGGAGGAAUCAAAGAUUGUCUCGAUCAAUUGGAUUAUUACAGAGGAAUUCAGAUUUCUCCAAUAAAUUCAUGUCAUUUUUCAUUGAAUACGACAUUUGAAUCAAUUCUCAAUGAAUUAAUGAUUGAACAACUAACAAGUAAUGUUUCGUAUGAAUUGUAUUUCAAUGAAUGUGCACCAACAUCAUGUAUUUAUUCGUAUGUUGAUGAUAAUCAUAUCAUUGAAGGAAUCACAACACUCAUUGGUCGUUAUGGUGGAUUAGUUAUUAUCUGUCGACUAAUUGCCAUUUUUAUUGUGAAUUAUAAUCUCUGUACACCAUCAAGAAUCACAAACUAA